CAACGCUACUCUAGGCUCUUGCAGCGGCGGCGGCGGAAACCGUGCAGCACCUAGCGGAGCUGAGAGUGUAGUUAAGAAAAGAAACCAUGGAGAAUACUGAAAACUCAGUGGAUGCAAAAUCCAUUAAAAGUUUAGAAACAAAGAUCAUACAUGGAAGCAAAUCAAUGGACUCCGGAAUAUUCUUGGACAGCAGAUACAAAAUGGAUUAUCCUGAAAUGGGUCUCUGUAUAAUAAUUAAUAAUAAGAACUUUCAUAAAAGUACUGGAAUGACAGCUCGAUCUGGUACAGAUGUAGAUGCAGCAAACAUCAGAGAAACAUUUAUGAACUUGAAAUACGAAGUAAGAAAUAAAAAUGAUCUUACCAGUGAAGAAAUUAUGGAAUUGUUGUACAAUGUUUCUAAAGAAGAUCAUAGCAAAAGGAGCAGCUUUAUUUGUGUAAUUCUAAGCCAUGGUGAAGAAGGAAUAAUUUUUGGAACAAAUGGACCUGUUGACCUGAAAAGAUUAACAAAGUUCUUCAGGGGCGAUCUUUGUAGAAGUCUAGCUGGAAAACCCAAACUUUUCAUUAUUCAGGCUUGCCGGGGUACGGAACUGGACUGUGGCAUUGAGACAGACAGUGGUUUUGAUGAUGACAUGGCAUGCCAGAAAAUACCAGUAGAGGCCGACUUUCUGUAUGCAUAUUCCACAGCACCAGGUUACUAUUCCUGGAGAAAUUCAAAGGAUGGUUCCUGGUUCAUUCAGUCACUGUGUGCUAUGCUGAAAUUAUAUGCACACAAGCUGGAGUUUAUGCACAUUCUUACUCGGGUUAACCGGAAGGUAGCGACAGAAUUUGAGUCCUUUUCUCUUGAUUCCACUUUUCAUGCAAAGAAACAGAUUCCGUGUAUUGUGUCCAUGCUCACAAAAGAACUGUACUUUUAUCAGUAAAAAAUGGUUGACUUAUUUUAAGUUUGUAUGUUAAGUGAGGAAACAGUAUAAAUAGUGCUGUAUUUCUUUCUCUAAUUGAACACUUCAGAACUAUACCAUUUCCCUAGCAAAAGAACCACUAUGAAGCUACCUCAAACCCAGAAUCAGGUAGUUAAAAUUGAAUUUAAUUAGGAAUAAAUAAAUAUGGAUGUUGGCAUAAUCACUAUGAAAAGAAAUUAUUAUAAUUUUACAUUUUUCAUAAUUAGCAACAUUUUGUGAUAUAUGCUAUGAAUUUUCAAAUAAUUAUGAGGAAGUUAAACUUUGCAGUAGUGAAUUUUAAUGAAACUCUCCUAUACACUUAAGACUGUGCACUCUAGUUUUUGUAACACUAGAAAUGAUGAUGCGCACUCAUGUUUCUUAGAUGUUGCAGAUCCAUGGGCAUGGUCAAAGGCUUGAACCUUUAUUUUAGAACUGAUGUAUGAAAAAGAAUCAACUGCAUUUUUUUUUUCUGUACCAGGGAUUGAACUCAGGACCCUUAUUCUACUGAGCUAUCUCCCCAGCCCCCAACUGCAUUUUUAAAUCAGGAUUUUUGUGAUGUUUAUUCUGAGCAUGUAUUUCUUGUAAAAAAUCAUGUCUACUAUUGACAAGGAAAGAGUACAUUUAAGAGAAAGUAUAAGUAAAUUGAAUUGGUUCUUUGAAGGCUGACAUGCAAUAUUACUAGAGACAGAGUCAUAAGUAUAAGGUGCUAAGAUCUACCAGCAUGUUUCUUUUCAUUUGUUCUUACAUACAUCAGAUGAAAUUUACACACCAGCAAGAUAUCUGAAAAUCUGUUAGGUAAAAACCGCAAACGAUUAUUAGGAUGCUAUGAAGAAGUUCUGCAAAACAUACUAAAAUAUUGUCUGUACAAGAAACAGUGGAAUGUAAAGCAAGAACAAUAAAUGGAUCUGAUGGGCAAUCUGUAGUUUGCAAGAUGAUUUGAGCCUGAGUGAGAAGUGGCUCUGUCCAAAUGAGGCAGAGCUACCGAUGCCACGUUACAAAAGUCCUGCCAGACGGUUUCUUCAGGAACAUACAGUGUGUAUGGAAGAUACUCCCAAGGCAUGUGAAAAAGCGAAGCAAGUGAGAAAUUCCUAAAAUGGAGCUUUUCUGAAGAGUCACAAGCAUAAUAUUCUUCAUAGUAUAAUAUGUAAGCAUGCGGUAUAAUGUUGAAGUUUACAAUAAGAGGAAAAAUAGUGGUAACAUUUUUUACUGUUACCUAAAAUAACAAGGACCACAGCACACAGAGCUUUAGAAGCAUCCAGUCUGAGCCCCUCUUUGCAUAUGAGAAAACUGCAGGCCAGAGCUCAGCCCCAGCGGGGCAGGCCAGGCUCCAAGCUUCCUGGCUCAUGGAGUGAGCCACGGCUGGCUGCACCUGUGUGCUUCAUUUUCUUUCAGUCUGACAUUUUAUGUGAACUUCCUUUUGGCUCAAAGAAAGGAAUUUACAUUUAUAAUUGACAACUGUUUGUUUUGAUAAGAUCUGUUAACUUUUCCUAAGUAAAUGUAGCAUGUAAUAAUAUCCCAAGAUGGGUUUCUCUGUGACAAUUUUGUAAAAGUUUUUUAGUUUACAUUUUUAUUCUGAAAAAUAAAUUCAAACUU